UGGGUUUGUCCGCUCUCCCCCUAUAUGGCUCUGGAUUAGCUGUAUGCUAAUAUCGGCAGGAGAGGAGCAGCACCGCGUCGCUGCGCGUAGUCAGUGGUGGCUCCCAGAGUCUAGGGAGACUCUUCGACAGCCAUGGCUGAGGGUGGAGAAGGGGAAGAUGAAAUUCAGUUCUUAAGAACUGAUGAUGAAGUGGUUGUGCAGUGCGUUGCUGUGAUCCAGAAGGAGAAUCGAAAGUUUUGCCUGGGAGCAGAAGGCCUCGGGAACCCUCUCUGUUUCCUAGAGUCCACGUCCGAUGCUAAGUAUGUUCCUCCAGACCUGUGUAUCUGCACCUUUGUGCUGGAGCAGUCGCUGUCAGUGCGAGCUCUGCAGGAGAUGCUGGCCAACACAGGGCCCAACAGCGAAGGGAGUGCUGGUCAUGAAAAAUGGGGGGUGCAAGGGGGCGGACACCGAACCCUGCUGUACGGCCACGCCAUCCUACUGAGGCAUUCCUUCAGCGGAAUGUACUUAACGUGUUUGAAGACAUCAAGGUCCCAGACCGACAAGCUAUCGUUUGAUGUGGGCCUGCAGGAAGACUCCAUCGGAGAGGCGUGUUGGUGGACUAUCCACCCCGCGUCCAAGCAGAGGUCAGAGGGUGAGAAGGUCCGCAUCGGUGAUGACCUCAUCCUGGUCAGCGUGGCCUCAGAGAGAUACCUGCAUAUGUCAAUGGCCAACGGGAAUGUUGCAGUGGAUGCCUCCUUCAUGCAGACGCUGUGGAACGUUCAGCCAACCUGCUCAGGCAGCAACGUGGCAGUAGGCUAUGUGCAGGGCGGCCAUGUGAUGCGACUCUUCCAUGGCCAUGAUGAGAGCAUGACCAUACCAGGGGCAGACAGGCCUCCAGAUGAACAGAGGAUAAUAAAUUAUGAAGCAGGCAAAGGGGGCUCCAAAGCCAGGUCACUGUGGAGACUGGAGCCUCUCCGGAUCAGCUGGAGUGGCAGCCAUCUUAGGUGGGGUCAGCCGUUCCGUCUGCGCCAUCUCUCCACGGGACACUACCUGGGCCAGACGGAGGAUCGGGGGCUGGUUCUGCUGGACCGUGCCGACUCCAACACCAAGGCCACGUCUUUCUGCUUCAGGCAAUCCAAGGAAAAACUGGAGUCUGGCCCAAAGCGAGACAUUGAAGGCAUGGGCGUGGCUGAGAUCAAAUACGGAGACUCCAGCUGCUUCGUCAUGCACGUGGCCACCGGGCUUUGGCUGUCUUACCAGGCGCCCGACGCAAAAUCCUCACGCUUAGGACCCCUCAAGAGAAGGGCCUUCCUGUACCCAGAGGGCCACAUGGACGACGGCCUGAUCCUUCAGCUGUGCCAGCAUGAGGAGUCCAGGGCCGCGCGUAUCAUCCGCAACACCACAUCUCUCUUUACGCAAUUCAUCACUGCUCUGGACAGCCUGAGUGGUGAGAAGAGUGGCGAGGUGAGUCUGCCGGUGGGGGAGGUGAUGGACACCCUGAAUGACCUGAUCGUCUACUUCCAGCAGCCCGACUCCGCGCUGGAGCACGAGGAGAAGCAGAGGCAGCUCCGCUCACUCAUCAAGCGCCAGGACCUCUUCAAGGAGGAGGGAAUGCUCAGCCUGCUCUCCAAGUGCAUCGACCGGCUGAAUGUCUACAACAGCGCUGCCCACUUUGAGGAGUUUGCCGGGGCAGAGGCCGGGGAGGCCUGGAAGGACAUUCUGAACCUCCUCUAUGAGCUCCUGGCUGUCCUAAUCCGUGGAAACAGGACCAACUGUACACAGUUCUCCCGCAAGCUGGACUGGCUUGUUAGCAAGCUGGAGAGGCUGGAAUCCUCCUCAGGGAUUCUGGAGGUUCUCCACUGCAUCCUGGUGGAGAGUCCAGAGGCCCUGCACAUCAUCCAGAAAGCCCACAUCCGAUCCAUCAUCUCACUGCUCUACAAGCACGGCCGCAACCACAAGAUUCUGGACGUGCUGUGCUCACUGUGCGUGUGCAAUGGCGUGGCCGUGCGAGCCAAUCAGAAUUUCAUCUGUGACCAUCUCCUCCCUCGGCGAGAUCUGCUCCUACAGACACGACUGGUCAACGACGUCCAAAGUAUGCGUCCUAACGUCUUCCUGGGCAUCAACGAGGGAUCCGCCCAGUAUAAGAAGUGGUAUUUUGAACUGAUGAUCGACCAGGUGGACCACUUCGUGACCAGCGAGCCCACCCACCUGCGCGUCGGCUGGGCCACCACCAAAGGCUACGCCCCCUACCCCGGGGGUGGAGAGGGCUGGGGAGGGAACGGCGUAGGCGACGACCUCUACUCCUACAGCUUCGACGGCCUGUACCUGUGGUCAGGUCGUAUUCCCAGGGCAGUGGCCUCCAUCAACCAGCACCUGCUGACGUCUGACGACGUGGUGAGCUGCUGCCUGGACUUGGGCGCGCCCAGCAUGUCCUUCCGCAUCAACGGCCAGCCGGUGCAGGGCAUGUUCGAGGACUUCAACAUCGACGGCUUCUUCUUCCCCGUCGUCAGCUUCUCAGCAGGGGUCAAAGUGCGUUUCCUGCUGGGUGGUCGGCAUGGCGAUUUCAAGUUCCUGCCGCCGGCUAGCUACGCCCCGUGUUACGAGGCCCUGCUGCCCAAAGAGAAGAUGCGUAUUGAGCCUGUCAAGGAGUACAAGCGCGACCACGAGGGCAUCAGGGACCUGCUGGGCACGCUGCCCCUCCUCUCCCAAGCCUCCUUUGUCCCCGUCCCUGUAGAUACCAGCCAGGUCGCUUUGCCCCCUCAACUGGAGCAUGUGAGGGACAAGCUGGCAGAGAACAUCCAUGAGCUCUGGGGCAUGAACAAGAUCGAACUGGGCUGGACCUAUGGCAAGGUGCGAGAUGACAACAAAAGACAGCACCCCUGCCUCAUUGAUUUCUCCAAAUUGCCCGAAACCGAAAUGAAUUAUAACCUGCAGAUGUCAUCCGAGACACUCAAGACCCUGCUGGCUUUAGGAUGCCUGGUUUCCCAAAUUAAAGCCGACGCAGAGGACGAUCUGAAGAAAAUCAAACUUCCCAAGAACUACGUGAUGUCCAAUGGUUAUAAACCAACGCCACUGGAUCUUUCUGACGUGAAGCUCAAUCCAGGUCAGGAGGUUCUGGUAGAUAAACUGGCCGAGAACGCUCACAACGUUUGGGCCAAAGAUAGAAUCAAACAAGGAUGGACCUAUGGCAUACAGCAGGAUCUGAAAAGUAGACGUAAUCCACGCCUGGUGCCAUAUGCUUUACUCGAUGAACGUACUAAGAGAUCGAACCGUGACAGCCUCCGAGAGGCUAUCCGAACCCUUGUCGGGUAUGGGUACAAUAUCGACCCUCCAGACCAAGAAGGUGCCCAUGGUGUUGAGAAGUCAAGUGUUGAAUCAAUCCGUUUCUUCCGUGUGGAGAAGACCUAUGCCGUCACCACUGGAAAGUGGUACUUUGAGUUUGAGGUCAUGACGGCUGGAGAAAUGCUUGUGGGCUGGGCCAGACCAGCCUGCAAGCCGGACGCCGAGCUGGGGUCAGACGACUUGGCUUACAUGUUCGACGGUUUCCAGGCCCGGAGUGUGCACAAGGGAGGCCAGUACUUCGGCCGCCCGUGGACCAGCGGUGACGUGGUGGGCUGCCUGAUCAACAUGGAGGACAAGUCCAUGAUCUUCACCCUCAAUGGAGAAGUGCUCAUCACCGACAACGGCUCCGAGCUGUGCUUCGCCGACUUUGAGACCGAGGACGGGUUCAUCCCAGUAUGCAGCCUGGGGCUGGCCCAGAUCGGACGCAUGAACUUGGGGAAGGACGCCAGCACCUUUAAGUACUACACCAUGUACGGCCUCCAGGAGGGCUUCGAGCCCUUCGCCGUCAAUAUGAACCGAGACGUCACCAUGUGGUUCAGUAAGCGCCUGCCCACGUUUGUCAACGUACCCAAAGAUCACCCACACAUCGAGGUGACCAGAAUCGAUGGCACUGUCGACACACCCCCAUGCCUAAAGGUGUCACACAAGACGUACGGCACACAGGCCAGCAACAAUGACAUGCUGUACUGCCGUCUGAGCAUGCCUGUGGAGUGCUAUCCUGGACCAAGAAAAGAUGCAGAUGCUGCUGACGUUGUCCCGAAGAAAGAAGACGGCAAGAUAGACUAUGGAAGCAUCACCAAGUACUCUUACUCCAUGAGAGUGUUUGCUGGUCAGGAUCCUGGCUGUGUGUGGGUUGGCUGGGUCACCCCAGAUUACCAUUACUACAGCAAGCACUUCAGCCUGAACAAGAUUCGCACUGUCACUGUAACGCUAGGAGAUGAGAGGGGGCGCGUUCAUGAGAGUGUGAGGAGAAGUAACUGCUACAUGGUGUGUGCAGCAGACGUGGCGCGGGCGAUUGCCUCCUCCCGCUCCAGCAACGUGGAGAUGGAGAUCACCUGCUACAUCGACCUGGCCUCAGGCCUCGUCUCCUUCUCUGCCAACGGCAAAGAGCUGGCUACAACUUACCAGGUGGAGCCCAGCACCAAGCUCUUCCCUGCAGCGUUCGUCCUGCCAACAAGCCAAAAUUUGCUGCAGUUUGAAUUUGUGAAGGCUCAGGACACCAUGCCGUUGUCGUCGGCCAUGUUCAAGAGUCUGCACAGCAACCCGGUGCCCCAGUGCCCCCCGCGGCUGGGGGUGCAGACCAUCGUGUCGGUGCUGUGGAGCCGCAUGCCCAACACCUUCCUCCCGGUGGAGACGGCGCGUGUCAGCGAGCGUCACGGCUGGGUAGUGCAGUGCCUGGAGCCCCUGCAGAUGCUGGCUGUCCACAUACCUGAGGAGAGCAGGUGUUUGGACAUCAUGGAGCUGUCUGAGAACGAGGUUUUGCGCCAGUUCCACCACCACACGCUGAAACUCUACUGCGCCCUCUGCUCAUUGGGCAACACGCGCGUAGCACACGCCCUCUGCAGCCAUCUGGACCAAUCGCAGCUUCUGUACACCAUCGACAACCAGUACCUGACAGGGCAGCUGCGUGAAGGCUUCUAUGACGUCCUGAUCAGCAUUCACCUGGACACGGCCAAGGAGGCGCGGCUGAUGAUGAAGGACGAGUACAUCAUCCCCAUCAUCCCCGAGACACGCAGUAUCCGCCUGUUCCGUGACGAGUCCAAGAGCCACACGCUGCCUGGCGUGGGCCUGAGCACCACCCUAACGCCCAGCAUGACCUUCACGCCGCCCUGCUUCAUCACCACCAAGCGCGAGCAGCCGCUCUACAGCCCCCAGAUCCCGCUGGCCAAGCUCAAGGCCAAGGCCAUCUCCAUGCUGACGGAGGCGGUGCACGGCGGCGGCGUCUACAUCCGCGACCCGGUGGGCGGCAGCGUGGAGUUCCAGUUCGUGCCCAUCCUCAAGCUAAUCGGCACGCUGCUCAUCAUGGGCGCGCUGACCAGCGAGGAGGUGCAGCUGGUGCUGCUCCUCAUCGAGCCCAGUGUCUUCCAGGAGCCGGAGGAGGAGGAAGCGGCCGCCCCACCAGAAGGGGGCGCCUUGGCUGUAGAGCCAGCCCCGGAGAAGGAGGAGGUGACGAGCGCGGAGGGGAAGGCGGUGGAGGCCGGCGAGGAGGAGGCCAAGGAGGCCAAGCCGCCCGCUGCCAAGGGGCUACUGGAGACACACCUGCCCGAGUCAGUCAAGAAGCAGAUGUGCGAGCUACUGCACUACUUCUGCGACUGUGAGCUCAAGCAGCGUAUUGAAUCCAUCGUGGCCUUCGCUGAUAGCUACGUCUCCAGGCUGCAGUUCAACCAGAAGUUCCGCUACAACGAGCUCAUGCUGGCCCUCAACAUGUCGGCUGCCGUCACUGCCAAGAAGACCAGGGAGUUCCGAUCUCCUCCACAGGAGCAGAUGAACAUGCUGCUGAACGUCACCCUUGGAGAGGACUGCCCUUGCCCAGAAGAAAUCCAAGACGAGCUGUAUGCCUUCCAUGAUGACUUGAGAUUACACUGUGGAAUCCCAAUCGAAGAGGAGGAUGAGGAGCCAGACCUGUCAAUCAAAGGCCGGCUGAUGUCGCUGGUCUACAAGAUCAAGGGCCGACCGCAGAAGACAGAGGAGGAGCCAACGGAGACAGAGCAAGCUACUCCUACCAACCUAAAGGAGCUGAUCUCCCAGACCAUGGUGACGUGGGCGCAGGACAGCCUGAUUCAGGACCCCGAGCUGGUGCGCUCCAUGUUCAGCCUGCUGCGGCGGCAGUACGACGGCAUCGGGGAGCUGCUGCGCUCCAUGCGGAAGAGCUACACCAUCAGCGCCGCCUCCAUGAAGGACGCCGGCCACCUGCUGGCCUCGCUGGGCCAGAUCCGCUCGCUGCUCAGCGUGCGCAUGGGCAAAGAGGAGGAGCGCCUCAUGAUCGACGGACUCAGCGACAUCAUGAACAACAAGGUGUUCUACCAACACCCCAACCUGAUGAGGGUCCUGGGCAUGCACGAGACUGUCAUGGAGGUCAUGGUCAACGUGCUGGGUGGAGACAAGUCUCACAUUGCCUUCCCUGCCAUGGUGGCCAGCUGCUGUCGUUUCCUCUGCUACUUCUGUCGCAUCAGCCGGCAGAACCAGAAGGCCAUGUUCGACCACCUGAGCUACCUGCUGGAGAACAGCUGCGUCGGACUGGCGUCUCCUGCUAUGCGGGGCUCCACACCUCUGGAUGUGGCCGCGGCGUCUGUGUUGGAUAACAACGCGCUGGCCCUCGCUCUGGAGGAACCAGACCUGGAGAAGGUGGUGAUGUACUUGGCUGGCUGUGGCCUUCAGAGCUGUGCCAUGCUGGUUGCCAGGGGUUACCCCGACAUCGGCUGGAACCCCAUGGAGGGCGAGCGAUACCUCUCCUUCCUGCGAUUCGCCGUCUUCGUUAACGGCGAGAGUGUGGAGGAGAAUGCCAACGUGGUGGUGAAGCUGCUGAUCAGGCGUCCAGAGUGCUUCGGCCCGGCCCUGAGAGGAGAGGGGGGGCAGGGCCUGCUGGCUGCCAUGGAGGAGGCCAUCAAGAUCUCAGAGGACCCCGCCCUGGACCUGCCCACUCUUCCCGAAGGGGUAGUAGUGCCAGAGGUGAUGGAGGGUCUGGAGGAGGAGGAGGAGGAGGUGGCCCACAUGGGAAACUCCAUCAUGUCCUUCUACUCCGCCCUCAUCGACCUGCUGGGACGCUGCGCACCUGAGAUGCAUCUGAUCAGCAAGGGCAAAGGAGAGGCUCUGCGUAUCCGUGCCAUCCUGCAGUCCCUGGUGCCAACCAUCGACCUGGUGGGCAUCAUCAGCAUACCGCUCAAGACGCCCGUCGUCCAUAAAGACGGCAGUGUGACGGAGCCAGAUAUGUCGGCCAGCUUCUGUCCGGAGCACAAGGCCCCCAUGGUGCUGUUCCUGGACCGCGUGUACGGUAUCGAAGACCAGGCCUUCCUACUCCACCUGCUGGAGGUCGGCUUCCUACCCGACCUGCGCGCCUCCGCAUCCCUCGACGCGGGGGUCCUGAGCACGACGGAGACGGCGUUAGCCAUGAACCGCUACAUCGGCACGGCCGUGAUGCCGCUGCUGACACGCUGCGCCCACCUCUUCUCCAGCACCGAGCACUACGCCACGCUCAUCGACUCCACGCUGCACACCAUCUACCGCCUCUCCAAGGGCCGCACGCUCACCAAGGCCCAGCGCGACGCCAACGAGGAGUGCCUGCUUGCCAUAUGCUCGUACCUGCGUCCCUCCAUGCUGCAGCAGCUCCUGAGGCGUCUGGUGUUUGACGUGCCGCUGCUCACAGAGUACUGCAAGAUGCCCAUCAGGCUGCUGACCCACCACUAUGAGCAGAACUGGAAGUACUACUGCCUGCCCACGGGGCUGGGCAGCUACGGCAUCGCCUCAGAGGAGGAGCUGCUGCUCACCAAGAAGAUCUUCUGGGGCCUGUUCGACGCCCUCUCGCAGAAGAAGUACGACGUGGAGCUGUUCAAGACGGCAAUGCAGUGCCUGUGUGCCAUCUCUGGAGCGCUGCCUCCCGACUUCGUGGACCUGACUCCCAGCUCCACCCUGGAGAAGCAGACCUCCGUGGACGCCCAGGGCAACUUCGAUCCCAAGCCCAUCAGCACUGCCAACAUUUCCCUUCCUGAGAAGCUGGAGUACAUUGCCAACAAGUACGGCGAGCAUUCCCAUGAGAAAUGGUCUUCAGAGAAGCUGGCUCAGGGCUGGAGUCACGGAGAGAAGGUGGAUAACGAGGCCAAAACCCAUCCCUUACUGCAGCCGUAUAAAUCACUCAGCGAAAAGGAGAGGGAGACAUACCGCUACCCAGUGAAGGAGUCCCUGAAGAGCAUGUUGGCUUUAGGCUGGAGCGUGGAGAGGACCAAAGAGGGAGAGGCUAUUUUCAAGGAGGGCGAGAAACAGCGCAAGGCCUCUGAAAGUGGAGCAUAUACCCCAAUACCACUGGAUUUGGACAAUGUGGUUCUCUCAAGAGAGGUGCAGGGCAUGGUGGAGAUUGUGGCCGAGAACUACCACAACAUCUGGGCCAAGAAGAAGAAGGCAGAACUCACGAGCAAAGGAGGCACCCAUGCCCUACUGGUGCCCUACGACACGCUGACGGCCAAGGAGAAGUUCCGCGACCGUGAGAAAGCUCAGGAGCUCUUCAAAUUCCUGCAGAUCAACGGCUACGCUAUUAGCAGAGGCCAUCAGGACAUGGAGCAGGAGGCUGCGAGCAUGGAGAAGAGGUUCGCCUCCAAGUUCCUGAAGAGGGUGCUGGGAUACGUGGACUCUGCCCAGGAGUUCAUCGCCCACUUGGAGGCCAUGGCUUCCAGUGGCAAGACUGACAAAUCCCCUCAUGAACAAGAGAUCAAGUUUUUCGCCAAGGUCCUGCUGCCCCUGAUCGACCAGUACUUCAAGAACCACUGCAUGUACUUCCUGUCCACCCCAAGCAAAAACCUGAGCAGCAGUGGCUACGCCACCAAUAAGGAGAAGGAGAGGGUGGCCAGCUUGUUCUGUAAGCUGGCCGCUCUUGUGCGGCACAGGAUCUCUCUCUUUGGUGUUGAUUCUCCUACAAUGGUGAACUGUCUGCACAUCCUGGCUCAAACGCUGGACUUCAGGACGGUGAUGAAGUCGGGCUCGGAGCUGGUGAAGGCGGGCGUGCGGACGUUCUUCGAGAACGCGGCGGAGGACCUUGAGAAGACCCUGGAGAACCUGAAGCUGGGCAAGAUGGCGCAGCGCAGCCAGAUGAAGGGCGUGGCCCAGAUCAUCAACUACACCACCACCGCCCUGCUGCCCAUCCUCACCCCGCUCUUCACACACGUCUCCCACCACCACUUCAAGGCCGACCUGCUGUUGGAUGACGUCCAGCUAUCCUGCUAUCGUAUCCUGACCAGUCUCUACUCUUUGGGCAUUGGCAAAAACGCUUAUGUUGAGAAGCAGCUGCCAGUGCUGGGGGAGAGUCUGUCCGCAGUGGUGGGGGCCAUGCCGGUGGCCUUCCUGGAGCCAGAGCUCAACGCACACAACCCCCUCUCUGUCUUCAACACCAAGACCCCACGCGAAAGAGCCAUCCUGAGCAUGCCCGACACGGUGGACGAGAUGUGCCCGGACCUGCCCCCGCUGGACGGCCUGCUGAAGGACAUCAGCGACCUGUCCGAGUCUGGCGCCCGCUACUCCGAGAUUCCGCACAUCAUUGAGGUGGUGCUGCCCAUGCUGUGCACCUACCUGUCCAACUGGUGGGAGAAGGGGCCCGACAACAGUGCCAGCGGCGCCAGCUGCUGCACCCGCGUUUCCUCCGAGCACCUGAACACCCUGCUGGGCAACAUCCUCAAGCUGCUCAACAACAACCUGGGCAUCGAUGAAGCACCAUGGAUGAAGAGACUGGCAGUGUUCACCCAGCCCAUCAUCUGCAUGGCGGGGCCGGCCCUGCUGAAGAGCCACUACCUGCCCACGCUGGAGAAGAUGAAGAAGAAGACGGUGAAGGUGGUGUCGGAGGAGGAAGCCCUGAAGGCCGAGACCAAGGGUGACACGCAGGCCGCCGAGCUGCAGAUCCUCGACGAGUUUGCUGUGCUCUGCCGAGACCUAUACGCCUUCUACCCCAUGCUCAUCCGCUACGUGGACAACUUCAGAUCCACGUGGCUGAAGGAGCCUGACGCUGACUCCACCAUGCUAUUCAACAUGGUGGCUGAGAUUUUCAUUCUCUGGUGUAAAUCUCAUAACUUCAAGAGGGAGGAGCAGAACUUUGUGGUUCAGAAUGAGAUCAACAACCUGGCCUUCCUGACUGCUGACUCCAAGACAAAGAUGGCCAAGUCUGGUGGAAAUGACCAGGAGCGUAAGGGCCGGAGGAGGAAACGUGAGCUGUACUCGGUGCAGACCUCCAUGAUAGUGGCAGCCCUCAAGAAGCUGCUGCCCAUUGGCCUCAACAUGUGCACGCCCGGAGACCAGGAGCUCAUCUCCCUAGCCAAGAUACGCUACGCCCUGAAAGACACGGAUGACGAGGUCAAAGAACAACUUCGCUCAAACCUUCACCUUCAAGAGAAGUCGGAGGACCCUGAGGUGCAGUGGCAGCUGAACCUGUACAAGAAUGUGGUGGUGAAGAGUGAUGGACCCCCCGACCCUGAGCACACGGUGGAGAGAGUACAGAGCAUCGCAGCAGCUCUCUUCCACCUGGAGGCGGUGGAGCUGCCACUGAGGAGCAAGAAGAACUUACAGCAGAAGCUGCUCUCCAAGCAACGCAAGCGCGCUGUAGUGGCCUGCUUCCGCAUGGCACCCCUCUACAACCUGCCCAGGCAUCGCUGUAUUAACCUCUUCUUCCUGCCCUACCAGAAGUUCUGGAUAGAGGCAGAGGAGUAUUUCUUUGAGGAGAAGCUAGUGCAGGACCUGGCCAAAUCCCCCGUCAAGGCGGAGAAGGAGGAAGAGGAGGAGGAGGCAGAGGUGAAGCCGGACCCUCUGCACCAACUCAUUCUCCAUUUCAGUCACAACGCUCUCACAGAGAAGAGCCAACUGGAUGACGACCCUUUGUAUAUAGCAUACGCAGACAUGAUGGCAAAGAGUUGUGCCGAUGCCGAUGAGGAGGAAGAGGAUGAUGAAGAAGGUGGUAAGACCUUUGAGGAAAAAGAGAUGGAGAAGCAGAAGAUCUUGUACCAGCAGGCCAGACUGCACGCCCGCGGGGCAGCAGAGAUGGUGCUGCAGAUGAUUAGUGCCAGUAAAGGCCGACUUGGGCCGAUGGUAACUGGAACCCUGAAACUGGGUAUCUCGAUUCUCAAUGGUGGUAAUGUGAUUGUACAGCAGAAAAUGCUGGAUUACCUGAAAGAAAAAAGAGAUGCUGGCUUCUUCAAGAGUCUGUCUGGACUCAUGCAAGCUUGCAGCGUCCUUGACCUGAAUGCAUUUGAGAGACAAAACAAAGCAGAGAGUCUUGGCAUGGUGUCAGAAGAAGGAUCAAUCAACGCGAGUGAGAAGGACAAUGAAUCGAGUUUGUCAUCUUCCAAAGUGUUGCAGAACGAUGACUUUACCAAGGACCUGUUUAGGUUCUUACAGCUGCUCUGUGAGGGCCACAACUCCGAUUUCCAGAACUACUUGCGUACCCAGACUGGUAACACCAUGACGGUCAACAUCAUCAUUAGCACCGUGGACUACUUGCUCCGGCUACAGGAGUCCAUCAGUGAUUUUUACUGGUACUACUCUGGAAAAGAUGUCAUGGAUGAAGCUGGCCAGUUCAACUUCUCCAAAGCCCUCAGCGUUGCCAAGCAGGUGUUCAACUCACUCACUGAGUACAUUCAGGGCCCCUGCAUUGGUAACCAGCAGAGUUUGGCACACAGCAGACUUUGGGAUGCAGUGGUUGGAUUCCUGCAUGUGUUUGCAAACAUGCAGAUGAAGCUUUCACAGGACUCAAGUCAAAUUGAGUUGUUGACUGAACUGAUGGAUCUUCAGAAAGAUAUGGUGGUGAUGAUGCUGUCUCUCCUUGAGGGUAAUGUGGUAAAUGGAACUAUAGGGAAACAGAUGGUGGAUACACUGGUGGAAUCCUCCAGUAAUGUUGAGAUGAUCCUCAAGUUCUUCGAUAUGUUCCUCAAACUGAAAGACCUUACAACCUCUGACAACUUCAAAGAGUACGAUCCCGAAGUAAAGGGGGUCAUAUCAAAAAGGGAUUUCCAGAAGGCGAUGGAGAACCAGAAGCAGUAUUCCCAGUCCGAGAUCGAGUUCCUGCUCUCCUGCGUGGAGGCGGAUGAAAACGACAUAUUUAACUAUGAGGAGUUUACUGACCACUUCCACGAACCCGCCAAAGACAUCGGCUUCAACGUGGCCGUGUUGCUCACCAACCUUUCAGAGCACAUGCCACACGAUGGUCGCUUAUCGACUUUCCUUGACCUUGCAGAGAGCGUCCUCUCCUACUUUGAACCCUAUCUUGGUCGUAUUGAGAUCAUCGGCAGUGCUAAGAGGAUCGAGAGAGUGUACUUUGAGAUUAGCGAGAUGAGCCGCACCCAGUGGGAGAAACCGCAAGUCAAGGAGUCCAAGCGAGACUUCAUUUUCGCCGUGGUCAAUGAGGGUGCAGAGAGCGAGAAGAUGGAGAUGUUCGUCAACUUCUGCGAGGACACCAUCUUUGAGAUGCAACUGGCCUCGCAGAUCUCCGAGCCAGACACCGUCGAGCGCCGCGAGGAAGAGGAGGAGGAAGAGGAAGCUGCGGAGGAGGAGGAAGAGGAAGCCCAAGAGGCCCAGUCGGCCUUCUCGGCAGCCUGCACCUCCGUGAAGAAGAAGAUCUCCAACUUCCGCCAGUUGCUGACCUUCCGCAGCAUGGCCAAGCAGGCCAAGAAGGUCAUGAAGCUCACCAUCCGUGAGAUGAUAGCAGGCUUCUUUGGCUUCUUCUGGAUGCUCUUCACUGGCUUCUUUAAAGGAAUCUACGGCGUGAUCUUCGGCUUCUUCCACAUUAUCUGGUCCUCCAUCUUCGGCGGUGGCCUGGUCGAGGGCGCCAAGAACAUGAAGGUGACCGACAUCCUUGGCAACAUGCCCGACCCUACGCAGUUCGGAAUCCACGGCGACGUCAUAGAAGUGGACAAAGGGGAGGGCGGGGAAAUGAUGAUGAUGACCGACAUGGUGCAGAUGACGGGCAGCGAGCCGGUGGAGGUAGACCUUAUGGUGGAGCUGAUGGGCGGGGCGGGCAAGCGGGAUGGCAAGCACGCGGCGGAACUGGGCCUGGGUGACGUCGACGAGCCUUUCGAAACCAAGCCAACAGAGAAAAAGAUGGCUGACGUGAAGGUGUCGGAGACAGAAAAAGCAGAUACUGAGAAGAAGGAGAAGCAGGAUGAGGCCAAGAAGGAGGAGGCUCCAGCAGAGACUCCCGCGGAGGAACCGGCGGCAGAGGAGGAGAAGCCGCCACGCAGACACAAGCGCGGGGACGACACAGAGGAAAGCCCUGCUUUCAUGGCCAACCUCUUCGCCGCUCUGGAGGUCCACAAGACCAAGUUCCUGAACUCUCUGGCUCGUAACUUCUACAAUCUUCGUAUGCUGGCCCUGUUCCUGUCCUUCGCCAUCAACUUCAUUCUGCUCUUCUACAAGGUGACUGGUGAGGGAGAAGAGGAUGAGGAAGAGGAGGACUCCUGGGAGAAUGGUGACGAGGAAGAUGAGGAUGACAUAGAGUACUAUGUACUGCAGGAGAGCACGGGCUACAUGGCACCCUCCUUGACCUUCCUGGCUAUCUUACACACUGUCAUCGCACUCCUCUGUGUCCUGGGCUACUCUUAUCUGAAGGUUCCUCUGGUGAUAUUCAAGCGUGAGAAGGAGGUGGCUAGGAGUCUGGAGUUUGAAGGCAUUUAUAUCACCGAGCAACCGUCUGAUGAUGACAUCAAAGGACAGUGGGAUCGAUUGGUUAUUGCCACUCCAUCUUUUCCAAGCAAUUACUGGGACAAAUUUGUUAAGAGAAAGGUCAUUAACAAGUACGGUGAUAUGUAUGGAGCUGAGCGCAUAGCUGAGCUGCUCGGAUUGGAUAAAAGUGCCCUUGACUUCGACCCGACGAUAGAGACUGUGGCCCCUGAACCCUCCCUGGUUUCCUGGUUGAGCUCCAUCGACACCAAAUACCACAUCUGGAAAAUGGGUGUGGUUCUGACUGACAAUAACUUCCUGUAUCUGGUGUGGUACACUACCAUGUCCAUCCUGGGCCAUUACAACAACUUCUUCUUCGCGGCCCACCUGCUGGACAUUGCCAUGGGCGUCAAGACCCUCAGGACCAUCCUCUCCUCUGUCACCCACAACGGCAAGCAGCUUGUGUUGACCGUUGGGCUGCUGGCGGUGGUGGUGUACCUCUACACAGUGGUGGCCUUCAACUUCUUCCGCAAGUUCUACAACAAGAGCGAGGACGAGGACGAGCCUGACAUGAAAUGCGAUGACAUGAUGACGUGCUACCUGUUCCACAUGUACGUGGGUGUGAGGGCUGGCGGUGGCAUCGGUGACGAGAUCGAGGACCCGGCUGGUGACCCCUCUGAGCUCUACCGCAUCCUCUUCGACAUCACCUUCUUCUUCUUCGUCAUCGUCAUCCUCCUGGCCAUCAUCCAGGGUUUGAUUAUUGAUGCCUUUGGGGAGCUGAGAGGCCAGCAGGACCAAGUCAAGGAGGACAUGGAGACCAAAUGCUUCAUCUGUGGGAUCGGUAAUGACUACUUUGACACGACGCCCCACGGCUUCGAGACACACACCUUACAAGAGCACAACUUGGCCAACUACCUAUUUUUCCUGAUGUAUCUGAUCAACAAGGACGAAACUGAGUACACGGGUCAGGAGUCGUAUGUGUGGAAUCUCUACCAACAGAGGUGCUGGGACUUCUUCCCAGCCGGAGACUGCUUCCGCAAACAAUAUGAGGACCAGCUAGGCUAGGAGGGCCACUUGGAGUCCCUAGCCAAUAAUCUGACUGACUGCAAACAAUCAAACCUUAAAAGAAAAGGAAGGGAAAAGAAGGGAAAAAUGGAAAACUGAAAACCAACACCUCAACAUUACAUUUAACCUCCAUGCUGCUGUCAAAGAAAGAAGUCACUGGAAGAAAAAAAAGAAAAGAAAUACCACCACUGCUUUUGACUUAAUGGAGACGUACGAGAAACUGCGAUUCGAGUGACUUUCUUACGUGGACACCUUUGCUAUGAAGAAGAGAAGGCUAAUAAUGCCAAAACACCAACCUACCGAAUUAUCACUUGUGUGAUGGAACCGUUAUAUAUACACGUAUAUAUAUAUAGAUAAAAGAGUUGCCUUUCCACCUACUAAGCCCACACCUGUUGCACAAUUUGUCUUGACCUGUAAAAUUGACGUCUUAUCGGCGAGGGUUAAGGUGAACUGAGUGAAUGUGACACAAAAAAAUAUGCACAAGAAGUACUGCUGAUGGAUUUUACCAAGCACUUCACAAUGAAAGAAAAUGAUACAACAAUGAAAAAAUGUACAUUACCUUUUACAAACGAAGGUGUAUGUGUUGCCGCAAAUACACAGUUACAGGAAGACUUGAGCCCAUUUUAAUGUAUUAUCAAGUGUCAAAAGUGCCUUAGAAAGACAAACUAUGCAAAAAAAAACCUAUGAACAUGAAGAUUUGAACACUUUAUCCCUCCUCAUUGUUUAGCAUUUUAGGUGCCCUGGAGUAGUUGAGGCAUUGUUACACCUACAGUAGGGUUAGUUUUGUGGCUUUAGUUGGCGUUUGUUCUAGGAUACAGCCGUUGCCAUAGCAAUAAAAGGCUUUAUCAGUUUGGAUUUGUUCUCCGCUACUGGGGGGGGGGGCUUCAUGCCCACCUGCACUCAUUCACCACAAAGCAUUUUAGAGCAAGUCACAGCUGCAAAAUCAAACAAAAAUAAAGGAUGAAAAAAAGGAACAAACCAUUAAUUUAUUUAAGGACAGAAAAAAAUGAGUUCAAAAAAAUGUAAACUGCUAUUGUAUGGCCAUUUGUAUGUAUGUAGUAGCUUUCGGUGAUAGCCAUGACUUUUUUUGGGGAGGGGGGAAAAGAGAAUAAAGCAACCGAUGCAA